GUGAAGACGGGGAUGGCGGUGCUGGGCCUGGCGGUGCCUGUUGCACCGGUCCCCAAGGUACCUCGUCCGUCGAGCGGAUGCAAGAGGAAGGCUCCCCCGACUCCUUCUCCUUCUUACGACUACACCCUAGCGGAUUCGGCGGAUCCCGUCGUGGGUGAGUCGAGGUCCCCUUUGAGGGUGACCUUGAAUCUGCACAUGAAGGGGAAGAUUGGACUUGAGCACGUGCUUCUUCCUUCGAGCCACGAGGUUAAGGCUUUGACUCGCGAGACAGGGCUUCGGCUGCGGAUCGACUCGGUGGUGGAGUUGUCGACCGGUGCCAGCGGUACGGGCGUCCCGGUGUUCUCCAUCGGUCGCGAGCAUUCUGAGGAGGAUGCUCCUAUCUCGGGUGCGAGGGUCGCGGCUCCCGAGGUUCCCGAGGGCGAGCCCCUGACUCAAGCGAGGGGCGGAGAGCUUCUGACGACCGAGGAUGGGGUGAGAGACCCUCUCGUGACACUGGAGCUGGUGAGGGGUUUGGUCGAGGCUGUGGGCGCCCUUCCUGCCCUCAAGACUCAGGUGGGGGCGCUUUCUGCUGCUUUGGACGUGGAGAUGUCCAAGUCUACCCUUGCCUUGAGCGAGUUGGCUUCGUAGAGGGUGUGGCGUGAGGCCGUGGAGGCCGAGCUUUCCCGCAUUUCGGCGAAGCUCGCGGCCUUGGAGACCAGGGCUCGGCUUGCUGAGGAGCUCCAGGAGGACGAGCUUGCGAAGACUCGUCGAGUUGAGGAGGACUUGGUGGUGGCCAACCUUGAUAGGGAGCACGCUCGAGCGGAGGCUGCUUCCCUCAAGGUGGAGUUGGCUGCAGCGAGUGACGGCCCGAUGCUCGCUUCCCGUGCUCGCCCUCCUUCGGAUCGUCGUCCCAAGGUGGUUUCGCUUUUGGUUGCUCAAGCCACCGAGAUUCGGGAGACGAUGAUUUGCUUGA